CACUGAAAACCAUAUACAGCCAUUUUCCUGAAAUUCGAAAACCCCAGAUCUCCUCCCUUCCCCUUUUCUCCCCCAAGCACCACCGCCGCGCAUCCUCAAUUAUCCGGUGGCCAGAUCGCGAUCCUUUCAGAAAUGAGUAACGGCGAGCUUCUCCAAAUCGAACCGCUCGAACUUCAGUUCCCAUUCGAGUUAAAGAAACAGAUCUCAUGUUCCAUGCGAUUGUUCAAUAAAACCGAUAACUUCGUGGCUUUCAAGGUGAAGACUACAAAUCCAAAGAAGUAUUGUGUGAGGCCGAACACUGGAGUCGUGGCUCCGCACUCUACCUGUGAUGUUAUAGUUACGAUGCAAGCCCAAAAGGAAGCUCCUCCGGACAUGCAAUGCAGGGAUAAAUUUCUCCUCCAAAGCGUAGUUGUGAGCCCUGGAUCUUCUGCGAAGGAUAUUACUGCUGAAAUGUUCAGCAAAGAUUCAGGAAAUCAGGUUGAUGAAUGUAAGUUGAGGGUUACUUAUGUUCCACCACAGCAGCCACCUUCACCUGUGCGAGAGGGGUCAGAGGAAGGCUCGUCACCAAGGGCCUCAGUGUCAGACAAUGGGACCGUGAAUCAAACUUUUGAGUUCAACAAUAUGUCUAAAGGGUUGUUUGAACAACAGGAGAGCUCAUUAGAGGUUAUACCGAAAUUUACAACAAUAUGUUAUUUUUGGUUCUUUUGUUUCCACAUCUUGAUUCUAUGGAUGUGGAUUCUUCCUUUAAAACCUUGGGAGGCGUUGAAGCGGAAAAGCGGUGGGGGCGUUCCGAUCACGUACGUUAUCGUUGUUUGCUUGAUAGGCAUCCUAUUGGGGUACCUCUUGAAGAGAACAUGACUAAAGGAAGAUUAUCUGGUCGUUGUGCCAAAGCAGCUGCUUGCUUGUUCAAAUAUUUAGUAUUUGAAGUGAUGCGUUGCACUCUGCUCAAAUUAGCUGUCUGUUUGACUGUAGAAAAGAUGCCUAAAUUGGUUUGGUGGUUUUUUGUAAUUUGCUAAAAAAAUUGCAUUCUUUGUCUGGGUAGUUGCUUAACAUUCUCAAUUGAAUCAUGUAACUUAAGCACAUAGUUUCUUUAUAUAAGUUUCUAUUCAGCAGUA